CUGACCCGAUCUAACUUAACCUAACUUAAAACGACAGAAGCAAAACAAGUUUGAAUCAAGUUCUUUAAAUGAUAAGUUAUUUUAUGUACUGAAUGUAAUUUAUUGGACAUAUCAUUAAAAUAUUACGUUAAAAAACAAAAGUAAAUUAAAUUGUAAUAGCAUUAUGAAGGAAACAGUGAAGGAUUUAAAUAACACCAUGAAUGAGGAACAUAUCCAUGGAAAUGGAGAGGCAAUUGUCCCUGAGGAGUCUCUUGCAAAACAAAAGUUGAGAGGAUGGUUAAAUCGACAUCUGCGAAUUGAAAUGACCGACGGAAGGGUUUUAAGAGGAGCAUUUCUCUGUACCGAUCGUGAUGCCAACGUUAUUCUUGGCUCCUGUACUGAAUUUUUGUCCACAGAACAUACUGAAGCUAGAGUAUUGGGUUUGGUAAUGGUACCUGGUCGACAUAUUGUUUCAAUACAUCUGGAUGUUUGAAAUGCAGCAUUACUUAUUUUAUUCUUCUGUAAAUAAUCCAUUGUGUCUAUUUAUUAUAUCAACAUUGUUAUUAUGAAUGUAUUAUGUUUUAUCUAAAUCUUAAAGAUUCAGUUUCUGUGAUUCAGAUAAGUAUGUAAAAAUCAACAGAUAUAAAUAAUGUUAUCAAAUA